ACAAAGAGAAAGAGGGGCUUGGCUUUGGUUGAUUCUUCUUUUCUCUCCUAUCCAUAAAAGGGUUUUCUUUGAUAAAAACAUCAGAGUCCGAAUUGUGUUUAGAGUGUUCAAGUUUUGUGCUGUCCACAAAUGAAAAAAAAAAAUGUUCAAAGCUAAAUAUAAUGGGAAGGUCCGACCAAAUCCCCCACCAAAAAGACUCCAAAGGCAUACCAGCAGCCCUCUACGACAAGCCGACACACAACGCACCCAGUCUUUUAUUCUCCUUAAAGAAACACUUCCAAAUGCUACCUUCCACAUCUCUUCAGAUUUUGCUCCUGACCAUUUUCUUCCCUGGACGUACUUACACCCAUUCACAUGGCCACAUAUCUCUGCCUUGUUACACAUUGCAGUUCAGCUGCCUUUGUAUUCCAACUUUUAGUCAUACAGAAUCAAAUAGCCAGAAUGAAUGAAUUAAAAUAAUCAUCUUAAGUCCUAGCUAUGUCCUAUAUAUAUGUGCAUAUGCGUAUGAGGUCUCAUUAAAGAGUGCUUGAAUCAAUCCCAUUGAGGUUCCUCUUCAUCUUCCAAUGAGUGAAGAUAGACAGAUUGAUCCAGCAAUCGUUCAUCCAUCCAUUGCUCUUAUGCAAGAAAGGUUCAGACAAUUGGAGAGAGCUAAGGAGAUAAGGCAGGAGAAAGAGCUCUUACGGAUGUUGCCUGAAUCAAGGCAGAUCAAUGCAGCCAUGCCUUACGUGGCAUGCAGAUCACUUUUCCACCCUAUACUCAUGCUUCAGUCAGAGCUGCCUCUUCAGUGUACACUCAAAAGAAAAGUCAGUCUGCAAAGCAGGAAUACCCAGGUUCAGGCCAUUCAGACUCCAAUAUUAAAGAAUUUAUGGUCCGGAGACACUGUCAUAUGCACAACUGACCAUAAUGAUAUUUCAGAUGUUGAUGCUACAUCUGUGAACAAGUUUAACAAUGGUAGUCUAUCUAGUAAUCCUGCGAUUUCCUUCUGUUUCUUCUUCAUGGUGCAGUAAGAAUAUGGGAAAGGAAAAAAAAAGAAGUUAAAGAAAAAGAAAACAGAAUAUGUAAUGUAGCUAAUUUCCAUUAGCUUAUGUAUCUUCAGCAACUACAUAGCGAUAAGAAAGGCAAUUCUCUUCUCUCUUUUGAAAUGCAUUCUCAGCAUAGGUAAUGUUAUCCAAUUUGUCACCAUUCCCUUUCCUCUUCAUGAUUUUGGGAAUCAAUUGAGUUACUUCUUUGGCCUCUGACAUUGUUUCCCUUUGUUUAUCUGUGCAAAACAAACAGCACUAACCUUUCAGGCAUUUGCAGCUAAUACCUGCACCAUGGAAAACAUUUCCCUCACAUUAAUCAGUUAUUCAAUUGGAUGCUCGAGAUUUAGUCUCAUUAGCCUAUAUAGUUAUCACAUGUAUAAUUUAUUUUCCAGAAAAAAUGUUUAAACUUGAAUGUUACACAAAAAUGGAGCAUGUGAGUUAUUAUUAUCAGUUGCUAAGUUUAAUUUAGCAAACUGAGCCACCAAAUGAAGCAUCUAAUAGGAUGAGCAAUAUAAAAGCAGAUUCCUCCAUGAACAAAUGCAUGCCCUCAUAAUAGCAUUCAUUUCAGAAAGUUACACAUGGAAGAGACUGCAUGAUUGCUCGCUACAUGCUUUUUCUUUCCUAGUUUUUUUUCAUUGAAAUCCAUUCAGUGCUUUUACCCUACCUCAAGUCUAUAUAUUUGAUACCUUCACAUCUUGAUGAUUGGAUCCAUCUUCAUUGUGCUUAUCAUCAUCAUCAUCAUCUUGAUUAUCCCUUUCGAGGACAACUUUGAUGCUCUCACUAGCUUUAGGGAUGUAUCCAAAUCCUUUGCAUAAAAAACCAGAUACUGU